AUGCCGGGGCGGCGUGCGGGCAGCAUGUUGCGCCGCACGGAAGAAACGCUGCACAAAGCACUGCAAGAAGGAGAGCGUUUAGAUCUGCGCGCGUCGCAGCGUACAUUUGACGGUGCAUACCUGCGUGGAGCGCUGGGCCAGCUGACGUUUAGCAUGAUGAUCAUGAAGAUUUUUGAGCCUGCAUUUUUCUGGAUCGGCCUUGCGAACUGUGUACUGGCGCUGGGUCUAUUUGCCACUGCAUUUUUUCGGUACAGGAUGACGAUGCACUACGAGCCGAAUAGCACAGCACUGGGUACAUUGCAGAGCGAGGCGCGCACAGAGCCAGUGCAUAUGAUUGACCCCGACUCGUACGUGUACCUCCCGCGGUUCAAAACGGCGGGGAGCGUGGUUGUGUGCGUGUCGGCAUUUGUUAUUAUGAUGGAGAUCGCGAUUAUUGUGCUGAUUGCGACCAUGCUGUAG